AUGACAUUAUCCAAGCAGGUUCUGUCCAAGGGCUGGACCUUCAAGGACCGAGACGAUGAGCUCCCAGAUGCAUGGAUGCCGGUGCCAUCAGUGCCUUCAACGGUGCAGCAGGAUCUCAUUGCAAACAAUAGGCUCGAAGACCCUUACAUAGGCUUCAACGAGCUCAAAGCACGAUGGGUCAAUGAAAAGGCCUGGGUAUACCGACAUGUAUUCCAGCGCCCCGAACUCCCCGUCGGUGCAACCGCAGCCCUGGUAUUCGACGGACUGGAUACCUUUGCUAAAGUGAAGCUUAACGGCAACACAAUCCUUCAGUCUAGCAACAUGUUCCUAGGCCAUCGUGUGGACAUCACCGAGGCUCUGAACUUAUCUGAGCAAACAAAUGUGCUGGAAAUCGAAUUUGACUGCGCCCAGCUCAAGGCAGUUGAGCUGCGGAGCAAAGACCCAAACCACAAAUGGCACGGCUUCAACGGCGAUAUGGCGCGGUUGGCUGUGCGCAAGGCACAGUAUCACUGGGGCUGGGAUUGGGGCCCCGUUAUCAUGACAGCUGGUAUCUGGCGCGAAGUGCGGUUGGAAAUCUACUCGGCGCGAGUAGAAGACUUGUGGCCACAAACGUGUCUUGCAUCGAGCCAUGAGACGGCGAGUGUCACGGCAACUGCAAAGAUUGAUGCUUCUGAUACAGAAGACUGGGUUGCUCGUUUCUCUUUGACUCUGAGCGGACGUGAGAUUGCAUGUCAGGAUGUUGCCGUGUGCGCUGAUCAAACUGCCCGAGCUACUUUUGAGGUCAACAAGCCCGAAUUGUGGUGGCCGCAUGGAUACGGCGCUCAGACUUUGUAUGAGGUGUCCGUGUCUCUUUUGUGCUGUGGGAAGGAGGCACACAGUUUAUCGAAAAAAUUCGGUAUUCGGUCUGCCGAGGUUGUUCAGCAGCCGGACAAACAUGGCAAGUCGUUCUAUUUCCGAGUGAACGGGGUUGAUAUCUUCUGUGGAGGGUCCUGCUGGAUUCCUGCCGAUAGUCUGCUGCCCAGCAUCAGUGCGGAGCGAUAUCGAAAUUGGAUUCGGCUGAUGGUAGCGGGCGGCCAAGUGAUGGUCAGAGUAUGGGGCGGCGGAAUCUAUGAAGAUGAUACUUUCUAUGAUGCUUGCGAUGAGCUCGGCCUGUUGGUCUGGCAGGACUUCAUGUUCGGUUGCGGUAACUACCCAACUUGGCCUGAGUUACUGGAUUCUGUGCGUCAGGAAACGAUCUUCAACGUCCAGCGAUUGCGACACCAUCCUUCCAUUGUCAUCUACGUCGGCAACAAUGAAGAUUAUCAGGUCCAGGAACAGGCGGGGCUUACUUACGACUUUGAGGACAAGGACCCUGAAAGCUGGCUAAAGACUGACUUCCCGGCACGUUAUAUCUACGAGAAACUGUUGCCUGAUGUUGUGGCCGAGUACUCUCCGAGUACUUUCUACCACCCAGGAAGCCCGUGGGGAGACGGAAAGGUCACAUCCGAUCCUACUGUGGGUGAUAUACACCAAUGGAAUGUUUGGCACGGCUCCCAGGAGAAAUAUCAAAUUUUCGACACCCUAGGAGGCCGAUUCAACAGCGAGUUCGGAAUGGAAGCCUUCCCCCAUAUGUCGACGAUCGAGUACUUUGUGGAGAAUGAGGCAGACAAACAUCCACAAUCACAAGUACUGGACUUCCACAACAAGGCCGAUGGCCAUGAGAGACGGUUGGCCACGUACUUGGUGGAAAACCUACGCAUGGCUACAGAUCUAGAGACAUACAUUUACCUCACGCAGGUAGUCCAAGCGGAGACGAUGAUGUUCGGCUAUCGCGGCUGGCGCCGGCAAUGGGGCGACGAUCGAAAGUGUGGUGGAGCCCUCCUCUGGCAGAUAAAUGACUGCUGGCCGACGAUUUCCUGGGCAAUUGUCGACUACUUCCUGCGGCCAAAGCCUGCGUAUUACACAGUCAAGCGGGUAAUGCAGCCACUCGCAAUUGGUGUGCGACGAGAGCACUCUGACUGGAGUGCCGUACAUGCGACACCUCCGACGCAGAGUCGCUGGGAGAUGUGGGUUGCGAGCAAUCGGCAAGAAGUGGUACAUGGAACUGUGGAGCUUCGAUUUCUAUCGGUGGUGACUGGUAGGGAUUUACGCGCGCCAGCGGUCUUCUCGAAUGUGGCUAUUGUGGCCAAUGGUACUACAGAGAUCACAAAGGGCGUUAUUGAUCAUGUGGUGCAGCCUGAGCCGCAUGUUUUGGCUGCGCGACUUUGGAUCGAUGGUCAGAUUGUGGCUAGGGAUGUUGACUGGCCGCAGCCGUUCAAAUACUUGGAUUUUGCUGAUCGUGGGCUAGAGGUGAGGCAGCAGCCAGGGAGCGUCGCUGGACAACAUAUCUUGCUCAUCAGCUCACGCAAACCUGUUAAAUGUCUUGUCUUUGAGGAGAGGGAGAAUGUGCGGGUCAGCGAUAGCGCUAUGGACAUUGUUCCGGGUGAUGAGCAGGUGGUGACGGUGACAGGGCUGGAUGAUAGUGACUCACCACUGGGAUAUCGUUAUCUGGGUCAGGAGUAG